GUGCAGUAUGAGAAAGUUGAUAAUGUGGCUGUGGUACGAUUCAAUGAUCCUAACAGUAAGCAAAAUUCCCUCUCUAAGAAGAUGCAGGAAGAUUUUGUGAGUGUUUUUAACGAAGUGAAACAGAGACAAGACAUAGAUAAAAUAGUUUUAAUAUCGGCCAAACCUUCGUCUUUUAUAGCUGGCGCAGAUAUAGGAAUGUUGGAAGCGUGUACAACGAAAGAUGAAAUGUACAAUAUCUCGAUGGGUGGACAGAAAAUAUUCAAUGAAUUAGAACAAUCUGAGAAACCUGUUGUAGCAGCCAUCAUGGGAGCUUGUCUUGGUGGUGGGUUUGAGCUGGCCAUGGCGUGUCACUAUAGAAUAGCAGUCAAUAACAAGAAGACAAGUGUUGGUCUACCAGAAGUUAUGUUAGGAUUACUCCCUGGGGCAGGGGGAACCUACAGACUACCUAAAUUAACGUUUUUCCCCAAUGCCAUGGAGAUGAUGUUGACAGGUAAAAUGAUAAAAGGUAAUAAGAUGAAGAAGAUGGGACUCGUGGACCUACUGGUAGAUGAAAUUGGACCAGGACUAGUUGACGGAGAAACUAACACCAUGAAAUAUCUAGAAAGUAUUGCUAUACAGAAAGCAAAAACGUUAAAUGUGAAAGAUAUCAAAGAUGAGAGAGUUAAAAAAGUUUCUUUUAAACAAAAAGUUUUAGAUUUUGUGUUGGGAAUUGAAUUCGCCAAGACUCAAGUAUUUAAUAAACUAAAACAACAAGUGAUCAAACAGAGUGGCGGACAUUAUCCUGCUCCCCUCAAGAUUAUAGAGACAGUGAAAGCAGAGUUAGAACAAGGUGCAUUAAAUAAAGAUGGUAUUAGUGAAGUCGAGGCCAAUAAUUUUGCUGAAUUGGGAAUGACUCUACAUUCUAAAGCUUUAAUUGGUUUGUUCCAUGGUCAGAAUGCUUGUAAGAAAAAUCCUUUUGGUGUCCCCAAGAAGAAGGUAGAAACCCUAUCUAUCCUGGGCGCGGGAUUAAUGGGAGCAGGUAUUGCCCAGGUGUCUAUUGAUAAAGGAAUGAGGGUGAUAAUGAAGGAUAUGUCAGUGAAGGGGCUGGCUAGAGGUGAAGAUCAGGUACAGAAAGGAUUUGAUAAACAGGCGAAACGAAAGAAGAUUACCACAGCCGAGCGAGAUCUGAUUAUGAGUAACCUAGAGCCAACGUUGGACUAUAACAAUUUUAAAUCAUGUGAUAUGGUAAUAGAAGCUGUAUUUGAAGAUAUUAAUAUCAAACAUAAAGUUAUUAAAGAAGUGGAAAAACAUAUACCAGAGCAUUGCGUAUUUGCAUCAAACACCUCGGCCUUGCCGAUAUCCCAGAUAGCUACUGCUAGCGCCAGACCAGAGAAAGUUAUCGGCAUGCAUUAUUUCUCACCUGUUGAUAAGAUGCAGCUGUUAGAAAUUAUCACUACAGAUAAAACAUCUAAAGACACUACAGCCUCUGCUGUAGAUGUAGGGUUAAGACAAGGUAAAGUUGUUAUCACUGUAAAAGAUGGUCCUGGUUUUUAUACCACUAGAAUCCUGGCACCUAUGUUAGCUGAAGCAGUCAGAUUAUUACAGGAAGGUGUGCCCCCAAGUAAAUUAGAUUCUCUAACCAAGAAAUUUGGGUUCCCUGUGGGUCUAGCCACACUAGCUGAUGAAGUGGGUAUUGAUGUAGCAGCCCAUGUGGCAGAAGAUCUGGGAAAAGCUUUUGGUGACAGAUUUGGUGGAGGCAAUGUACAAGUAUUGAAAGAAAUGGUAGAGCUGGGAUAUUUGGGUCGUAAGUCCGGUAAAGGAAUGUAUAUCCACACUCCUGGUUCCAAAGUGAAGGAAGAAAAUGAAGAAGGAUUGAAAUUAUUAGAAAAAUAUAAACUUCCUGAACAUAAUUCUGAUGAAGAUAUCCAGUACAGAUUAUUUUCACGAUUUGUUAACGAGGCUAUCAUGUGUCUACAGGACGGUAUUCUCUCUAAUCCUCUGGAUGGAGAUAUAGGAGCUGUUUUUGGUCUUGGAUUCCCUCCAUUUUUAGGCGGUCCAUUUAGAUAUAUAGAUUUACACGGAGCAGUAAAUAUAGUCGAUAAAAUGAAGCGUUACGAAGAAAUUUACGGAAAUCAGUUUACACCUUGUCAGUUAUUACUUGAUCACGUCAACAAUCCUUCCAAAAAAUUCCACGUUAAAAAGUGA